CUGUUGGCUACUUGCUCGUUUGGAAAUUCCUUUCGUUCCUUUUCGUAUGAAUUGCUACCUUUAACGGUCAAAGUUGCUUGAGUGCCACCCUCAGCAUAAUAAAUAAUUUGCGGUCGGAUAGUUCAAGGCACAGUCGUUGCUCUACCACAGUUAGGUUCAAGUUCAAACGUAUCAUCAUAUCUAUACGAUAAACUUUUAUCAAAAUGACCGAAGAAACCUUUUCAUCAUCUAAAAUUUUGAAGACAAAAUGUGGCGAGUGUAGCUCUAUUUGCGCUAUCCCUCCUGUUAGCAAAGAAGCAGGAUAUUUCUACUGCGGCCGCUGUCGUCCAAAGGCAGCUCCAAACAGUUCCUUUGAAGAAGCGGCAGAAAGAGUUUUGUUUCCUUGUAUAUUUAAAUGUGAAGAUUCCCUGGCUUGGGGGCAAGUGUUCAAGCAUGAAGUUUUCUGCAAGAAAAGAACUGUAGUUUGUCCUUUCGGGAAUUGUACAACGACCAUGUCACUUCAAGGUUUAAACGAGCACAUGAAAACAUAUCAUAAGUCGUUUUAUCAAGAAUCUCCGAAACAACAUCAACUAUCAGGUACUUUGGACCUCAUAGUCCGUUUAAAUUGCAUCGCUUUUGAUAAAUUCGUUUUUCUAUUUUUCAUCAGAUUAGAGCGUAAGGCUGACAUUCUUUAUUUUGACUACAAUGUCUUUUUAGUGUCACCUCAGGACUAUGACCAAAAAUUAUUGAAUACUUUACAAAUAAGAUUGGAAAUCGAGGUUCCAAAUUUCGAUUUGACCAUAACUAAGUUAAUACACGGAAGAAACAUAAAUCUUUAUCGCGAUAGAUUUCACUGUGUUAACUGCCUGUAUCAGAAGUGUGACAAAAAACUGCACGAAAAUAAAUGCAAUUGGAUUACAAACCAAAUUCCUGUGAAUGUAAGGCGAAAUUUGGAAACUGACAUUUUCUAUACCAUAACGGUUUAUGAAACGGAAACCCCUGCUGGAAAUGCUCCAGAAUAUUUAGAGUGUCCGGUUUGCAUAAAUUAUAUGACAGAUCAGAUUUAUCUUUGCCAAAAUGGUCACUCAGUUUGCGGAACAUGCAAUGAAAAAAAUGGUAACAAAAUAUGUCCUAUCUGCAGAAACCUCAUGCGAUCUUCAAGAAAUUUUGCACUCGAAAACCUAGUACGCCAUAUGAAUAUACCAUGUCGAAAAAAAUUUAGAGGUUGCACAUUUAUUGGACCAAUAAGUGCUGUAACGGUACAUGAAAAAACAUGCAAAUAUAAUAUGAUGUGAGCCUGUCAUAUUGCGUUUCAAAUUCAGGUUAAUGACUGUACCUUGAGAUAAGUGUUAGUAUGGAUUCUAGUUUUUAUUUCAUGUUACUUUUUAUGCUAAGUACGAUGGUUUUUUUUCAAUGUCUUAAGCUCACCAGUCUAGUGUUUUUUCUUUUGAGUUUUAAGAAAGGCUACAAUUUUAGUUUCUAAUUUGUAAUACGUUUUACCUUUGUAGAAAAAAAACACUUUAUUUAUAUAGAAUAGGCCUUGUCUGUUACAUCCAUAUUACAGGCAAGUUUUGAGAGUAUAUUGUAUCGUUUUUGUCUUUUGAUAUGUAUCACACACCGCCAUAAAUUUCGUGUUGGCAUCUAUUAUAGUGGGUAAUUUUUUAAGAGGUAUAGGAUUUGGUUUCCAAAAAAACACAAAAAACGAUUAAAUCUUUAUUUGAGUCAAUAGAACGGUCGAUCUAAUUUAAUGUUUAAAGAUUAUUUCAUGUAAAUGUUGGUCGCGGCUCCGCUUUAGGUGGCCCAUGCGCAAGGUCCAAUUUUGGCACACUCUCUCCAACAUAUCGGCCAGUAUCUCACGAAUAAAUGCUUCAAUAUUGGCUUCCAGUGCGUCA